AUGUACCUGCCAUCAACGUCGUACACAGGACCUUCAACUACAAUUAACAGCGGCGCGGGGACAUCUAUUGCGGGGAGCUCUGAGCGCACGGAAGAAGCGUUCCACCAGCCAGCCAACACUCAUGGCACAAACAAUGCCGAGUCAGUGUCAGAAAUGGAAAUCGUGCCAGCAAUACCGACAAGCACACAUGUGCACACCAGCACAAGCAACACUCGAGCAGGUGAAACAGCCGCCGAUACUGAAGUGAAUGAUGAAACCGAUGAUGAAGCACAAGGGGAUGAAGAUGGUGGAUGUGCAAAGGAAUUCUACCAGACAUAUGCAAAGUUCCAUGGGUUUGCGGUCAACACCGAAUACCAUAGGAAAAUUAAAAAAACUAACGAGUACAGCAGAGGUGAGAUGAGGUGCUACAAGGCACGAAGAAACAAGAAGGGCAAAGGUGAUGCGCCUGUCGUUCCGGAACGAAAGAGAGGUAUCAUUGUCAAGAUGGAAUGCCCUGUUCGGUGUAAGCUGAACGUAGAUGGAGCACAGUGGGUGGUCACUGAAUAUUUUGACGAGCACAACCAUGAGCUAAUAAAGAAGUUUGACCUGGUAAAAUUUCUGACCGCCCAUAGAGGAUUCACCCCCCUCGAGAAGAAAUUCAUAAAGCUGCUACAUGAUUGUAACGUCGGUCCAUCAAGAAUGGUGCAGAUACUCUCCCUCAUCCAUAGCAAGAAUGGGUCUCUGAGUAGCAUGCCCUACCUACUAGCAGACGUCACAAACCUAAAGGCAAAGUACCGUAGAGAAAGCAAGUUGGCUGACAUAGAAGCCACGAUAGCCUACUUCGAUGAGAAAGCGAAAGAAGAUCAAGAUUUCUUCUACAGGAUAAGAUUGGACGAUGAGGACCAUAAGGCCGAGGAGACACUAGGACCGUUCUUUGCUGACCGUCCAGACCUGCACAAGGCAUUCGAGCUGUGCGUGGACCACAGCUUGACGGUGGAGGAGUUUGAAAGGAGCUGGAUGGCUAUGAUUGAAACAUAUCAAGUCCAAGACCACGAGACGCUUGCUAGCUUGUGGGAGAAGCGAAUGUACUGGGUGCCGGCCUACUUCAUGCAAUGUUUCUUCCCGUUUCUGCAGACUACACAGCGCAGUGAGGGGUUCAAUGCUGUUUUGAAGCGGUACAUGAGCCCUGGCAACUCAUUACUACAGUUUGCCAAGCAGUACACCGCUUUGCAACAAAAAAUACUGGGAUCCGAGCUACAGCAAGAAGCAAACACCGCACUCAAGCAGCCAAAAUUGCUAACGUAUUUACCAAUGGAGAGGCAGAUGAGCAAGAUAUACACCAACACGAUUUUUAACAAAUUCCAGGAAGAAAUAAAGCGUGCCAGCAUGUACACGGCUUUCCAGGUGGACGAACAUACAUUCAAGGUGUGUUCUAUCAUGGGCAUGUCGGAUUCAGAACCUGAAGACCCAGACAAGGGAAGGAACUACUUUGUGAAGGCAUCGAUAAGCGAAGGCGAAUACUACUGCCAAUGCUGCAAAUUCGAACUGGACGGGAUUGUGUGCUGUCACAUUCUAAAAGUAAUGGACUUGAACGCGGUGACACGAUGCCCCGCCAUUUCAUAA